ACUCGGUCGAUAUACUGAUCUUGAGUGACCUCGACUGCCACACGCUGUCACCGACAGCUCUAUUGGAUGUUCUUGUUAAACCAGGAUGUGGCCUAACAUUCAAUACUACUGUCCUUGUCUCUCGACUGCCAACGCUCUGACACCUCCCCCUCCGAUUCUCGCAUCGUCCUCAGCAAGUUUUCACUCUCUGCACAACUUGUACUUUUGUGAGGAGUGCGACGCCGUCCGGUGUAACCGAUGCGUCUCGGUUGAAGUCAGUGGAUAUUAUUGUCCGAAUUGCUUGUUCGAGGUCCCUAGUGCGAGUGUCCGCGCAGAGAAAAACAGAUGCGCCCGGAAUUGUUUUUCCUGUCCAAUUUGCCGUGCAACGCUGUCUGUCGUGGCAUCAGAUCCCCCCGAUGAUGGAACCGGUCGACCUAUCACACCCCUCAAUAAUGUCGGCGAGGGACCAUAUCUUUUAUACUGCAACUACUGUAGAUGGGAUUCGACUGAAGUCGGCAUAACAUUCGAGAAGCCCACUGGGCUGGCAGCCCAGCUGCAAAAGUACGAGGAUUCCGCGCCAGAGUCUCUGGAAUUCGAACGCUUAAAGGAACACUUUGAACCUUUCCUCCGUACAUCCUCUCUUUCAUCUUCGACGCACUUGCUGCCCCCGACUUCUCACCACCUCCACACCUCUUCUGCCACGGCCGCUGCUUCUGCUGCGCUUUCGCGAGAUAUACCUGGUAUUAGCAAGUAUAAUCCGCUUUCUCGUAGUCGUUCCGGCCGCGACCGUACGGCUAACAAAGACGAGAUGGCCGAGUAUAAGAGCAGAGUUGAAGUAGGCCUCUUUGGGCAACUCGGUAGCGGCGGUGACGACGCGGAUGUGGAAUUGCUCAGAUGCACAGAGACGGUUGGAGAAAUUGCGAAACUUGAGCAACGCUGGGGGAACAGUUGGAUAACAUCUCUUCGAAUGAGUGAAUUACGGCCUCUCCGUAUACCUCUACACUCGAAAGUCUCCAAACGAUGUCCCGCAUGUCGACAUAUUCUAAUCAAGCCGGAACAAAAGGCACAGUCCGUCCGAUACAAGAUCAAGCUGGCAGCGGCCAACUACUUGCCUGCACUCAGCGUUGGAUUUACUCAAACACAAGCAUCGAAACGGGCACCGGGGAAAGGAGUAGAGCCGAGGAAUGUCGGCGUAAUGCUGGCAGGGAUCACCAAUAAUACCUUCCGAGUUGCUCUGACGAAUCCACUAUACGACCCCAUCCAAGUGCGGCUGUCGCCACAGAGAGUUACUGAUGGCCGCGGGUUCCAGGUGUCGCUUCCCCUGACGCCUUUUUCCAUUGGUGCAUUUGCAGAAGCAUGGGAGUAUGACGACGAUGAGGACAUGUUCGGUGUGGAAGAUGACGAGCUUGGUCUUGAAGUGGGUAGAGGAUCUCGCGAUAAAGAUGCGCGUGGGCGAACAAAGAAUGUGGGGGUGUUGGAGAGAAGGGCAAACGUGACAGUUGUGGGAGGGGAGGUGAACGUUCACAGAUCUUACCGAGAGCAGGUAAAGUUCAACAUGUUGGUCUCAUAUACGUACAGGUCAGACGAUCCGCUUCCGUCAGAAGACGGGGCAGGCACGCCCUCCCGUGCAGUAGUGAAAACACCGGAGGUCAAGACGUUUUCAUUUUACACAGUAGUUGAUCUUGGACCUGUUUUAUCCAAAGACGAUUCAGUCUAGGUAACAGAUGUAAAUUAGAUGCUGUGUCGUAGUAGGGCGCACUCAAAUCCACUCGUGUGGGGCGGUUUUUUCACGUGCGUUUGUAGUUAGACUCC